CUCAACAUGUCCUGCAACAGCUGCUCUGGAAAUUUCUCCUCUCGCUCUUUUGGGGGCUACCUGCAAUAUCCAAUCUCCUCCUGUGGCUCCUCCUACCCAAGUAAUGGGGUCUACAGCACAGAUCUUCAAACACCCAUCACCCAUCAGCUGGGAUCCUCUCUCUGCAACGAUUGUCAAGAGACCUUCUAUGAACCCUCCUGCUACCAGACGUCCUACGAGAUGUCCAGCCCCUGCCAGAGAUCCUGCUAUCGCCCAAGGGUCUUCAGUCCCUGCCAGGGCUCUUUCUCGGGAUCUCUGGGCUUCGGCUCCAAGGGCUUUCAGUCUUUUGGAUGUAGCUACCCCUCCCUGAGCUUUGGAUCCCGUGGUUUUCAGUCUGUGGGUUAUUGUCCUCGCACUUUCUCGUCCCUAAAUUAUAGGACCAACUGGUACCGCCCAGCCUACUUCUCUUCCAAAAGCUGCCAGUCUGUCUCUUACCAACCAUCCUGUGGCUCUGGCUUCUUCUGA